UGCUUGCAGAUUGGUGAAGAUUUGCGACAAGACAUGCUUGCCCUGCAAAUGAUCAAAAUUAUGGACAAAAUCUGGCUUCAGGAAGGGUUGGACUUGCGCAUGGUCAUCUUCAAAUGUAUCUCCACAGGAAAGGAUAGAGGUAUGGUUGAACUUGUACCAGCUUCAGAAACACUGAGAAAAAUCCAAGUUGAAUAUGGAGUGACUGGCUCAUUCAAGGACAAACCACUAGCUGAAUGGCUCAGGAAGUACAAUGCCACUGAAGAAGAAUAUGAGAAGGCAUCUGAAAAUUUCAUUUAUUCAUGUGCGGGCUGCUGCGUUGCGACCUAUAUACUGGGAAUAUGUGAUCGUCAUAAUGACAACAUCAUGCUCAGGUCAACUGGCCACAUGUUCCAUAUAGAUUUUGGGAAGUUUCUCGGACAUGCACAAAUGUUUGGAACUUUUAGAAGAGAUCGAGCUCCAUUUGUACUGACCUCCGACAUGGCUUAUGUGAUUAAUGGUGGGGAGAAACCAACCAGCCGAUUUCAGUUAUUUGUAGAUUUGUGCUGUCAGUCCUACAAUCUCAUUCGCAAGCAUGCCAACCACUUCCUCAAUCUCCUAUCACUGAUGCUGUCCUCUGGAUUACCAGAACUUACUUCUGUGCAGGAUCUGAAGUAUGUCCAAGAUGCUCUGCAGCCACAGACUACUGAUGCUGAAGCUACAAUCUUCUUCACUAGGUUGAUAGAAUCCAGCUUGGGCAGCAUGGCUACAAAAUUUAAUUUUCUGAUUCACAAUUUGGCACAGCUACGGUUUUCAGGUUUACCUUCCAAUGAACAAGCUAUGCUUUCAUUCUCUCCUAAAACCUAUUCUCUAAAGCAAGAUGGGCGAAUCAAAGAAGUGACUAUUUACACCUACCAGAAGAGGUAUAACCCAGACAAAUACUAUAUAUAUGUGGUGAGAGUAUUACGGGAAGGGCAGAUUGCUCCAGCGUUUAUCUUCAGAACGUUUGAUGAAUUCCAGGAGCUCCAUAACAAACUGGGCAUCCUUUUCCCCCUUUGGAAACUUCCAGGCUUUCCCAACAAAGUGGUCCUUGGACGAACACACAUUAAGGACGUGGCCUCCAAGCGGAAGGUAGAGCUCAACAAUUACGUCCAGUGUCUGAUGAAUGGUUCAGCGGAAGUAGCUGAGUGCGAUCUCAUCUACACCUUCUUCCACCCACUAAGCCGUGAUGAGAAGGCUGAAGGAAUUGAUGGAAUCGUCAAACCCACUGAAAUUGUUUUGCCAACUCCCAAUACGGGUCAAGUGGGAGGAGAAGUUAAGCUGUCAAUCUCAUACAGAAACAAUACACUGUUCAUUAUGGUAAUGCACAUCAGAGACUUGGUCACGGAAGAUGGAGCAGACCCAAACCCUUACGUAAAAACAUAUUUGCUUCCUGAUCCACAUAAAAUAACCAAGCAUAAAACCAAGGUAUCAAGGAAAACUCAAAACCCAACUUACAAUGAAAUGUUGGUGUACAGUGGUUACAGUAAAGAAUCGCUUGAACAAAGGAAAUUGCAGCUGAGUGUGUUAAGUGCAGAAUCGUUGAGAGAGAAUGUUUACUUGGGUGGUGUCACAUUAACUCUGAAAGAGUUUGAUUUGAGCAAAGAAACUGUUAACUGGUACAAACUGACUGCCGUUCCCAUUGCGUAAGACCCACUCCUCAUUGUGUGGAAUCGGAACGUGUGGUAAAGUCUCUCCUGAACUCCUGCAAUUUUUUUUUACUUGAAAUAAAUAUGUAACUGUGGGCAAUCAGCAAAUUACAGCUGAUGAACUUCACCAGUGGACCAAACUAUUUUGAUGAAUCACAAAUUUGGUUGCAUGCACUUAAUGUCACCUUCAUUUUAUAUCUAUUUUUGAAUAUUUCUGAUUAAACGAUGAAUGGGACUCUGUGUGCCAAAGUAAAAUACUGAAGCACUUCGCUGCUUGUGAGCAAGAAAUGGUGCCGUUUACUGUCGCGCUACAAAUUCUGUUAUUAAAGGUGCUAGGUUCACUGACUUAGUUAAAGGCACAUAGAAUUCCCUGGGUAAAGCACCAACAAGAUUAGCCACUAGGCAUUAAUUGCCAUUAUUGCACAUUACAGAAUUGCUUUAAGUAGAUCUGAAUACAAAAGGGUGCAAGUAGUAAUGACCCUUGAAUUUUUUUUGUGUAGUACAUGUUUAGAAUGAAGAUUCAAGUUUUUUUGAAAAUACUUUUUCUGUAAACAGUAAUUCUUUACUCAGAUUGUAAUCUCGAAGCAGGUUUUCUUUUAAUUGAAAUUUCAGUUUUGUACACAGCCACACCACUCUCUCUCUUUUUUGUGCUCUGUGAGUGGAGACUGUUCAUUUGUGCUAGUGGUAGUUUAUAGGGCAAAAGCAUUCAUGGCAUUGAAGAAGAGCCAGCAUUAAUAACCACUGCAGAUAGACAUUAAUCCAUGCAGGUGCAAAGUGUGUGUGGAAAGAUUGCACAAACGUCCACCAAUUCACAGGUAGAUUUAAAUCAGUUAUGAGAUAGGUGAAGCAACCCAAAAGUGUAUUGAAAAGCAAAUUUUUGGUUGAAGUUAUGAUUUCAACUGAAGCUUGUGCUAUCAUACAUUUUAGUGAGUCCAACAUUUUUGUUGAAGGAUAUUGACUUAUGAGUGACUUGAGUAUUACUGCUAGCAACAUUUCAAAGAUUUGGGCUACAUAAGGAAAUGUGGAUCUCUCAAAAGUAUGUUUUCAAAUGUUACUUUGAGCCAUUUCUUUUUAAAGUAAAAGUAAAAUAUAAUCAAUUAACAAACCAAGUGCUCAGAACCUUAAAUAUAAAGCUGAAUAGUUAUAACUGAAAAAACACAUCGAAGAUUAAUUUAAGCGUCUCUCUUUGGUGUGUAUACUAUAUUUUGCUGGAAUUCUUCGUUGGCAAAGAAGCAUGAAGUGAUAAUUUAACAAACAAACUACAAUAUAGAGUGGAGAAAACAAGACUGAAACUUACUCAACACAGUGGCUGGCUGACCUGAGUUUUGGAUUGCAUUUCACACUUCUGCUAUUGCAAAUAGCUGCAGGAUGGUUAGUCAGCUCCAGAUGUGCUGUCAAUACGUUGAGUUUUGACUGACAGAUAUGUUUUGUUUCUAAGAACCAAGAAAGAUGUACAGAAAUUCUGAGAAACUGACACUUGAAACGUUUGUUUUGCUAUUGUACCUUUUUUCUUUAAUUUCAGUCCUCUUGCUACUGUUCCAAAAAAAGAUUUUUCAUUCAUACAUAGCUAUGCAGCAAUCCUUAACAACACACUUGCAUCUGGAGCAGCAGCAAAUGCGAGACUUGUAGCUCUUUGGAAAUACAGAAUUGUUCAUGUUAGAAAACUGGAGGUAUUUUGUACUUCUUGACAUCGUUGUCGUCUUCUGCAGCAUUCAAAUCAUGUACAAUACUGGCAGGCUAAGAGCUUUCUCAGCAAUUUGCAAAUCAUUCUGUGGAGAUGUUGUUUCUGCAAACUUGCAGUUGCCAUGUGUAACCAUGGAUGCUUCUGAAUAAGACAAAUUUGCACAAACUUUACCAUGUAGUGUUUUGUUAUUUUAUAUUGUCCUGUUUUAGGUUUGAACUAAUGGGUGAUGAAAUAAAAAUCUCUUCAGCUAUGCUAAUGUUAGAAGUCUGCAGCACUCCAUUUUCCCCUGUAUCAUAAAAAUGUAGCAUUUAACCGAGCUUAAUCUGCAUUAUGAAAGUGGCAUGUCUGUUGUCAUUCUUAUAAAUAGCUAAGUUUAUCUAAGGUUCUUCAGGCUGUGGCUUCUAACCAUUCAAAUUCCGAUCUAUUGCAUGGCCCAUUGCAGUUUCCUGUGUAUUUAAAAUCUAAUUUUAAAUUGUCUAGCCAAAAAGAAAAACAUAGUCAUUCCAUGGAAAGAAUACUACCUUAAAGCUUAGGACAAUUGAACUGAAAAAAUGUAGAUUUAAUUUAGUGUGCUAAAGGGUAAUUCCAAGUAAAACCUUCCUCUUUUGACAGGAGGAGAAAUGGUGAACCAUUUUGACAAAUACCAACUUGCUAAAAUGAAAUUUUCCAUCCACCUUACUGUUACAAUUGAAUGUGCAAAUAAGUUGCUCAUAAUAUUUCAUCUUGCGGGGGGGGGGAGAAAUGAAAUGUUGCUGCUUUUUUAAAUGUAAAUACCUUGUAUUUUAAAAUUCUGAAUAUUCACUUUGAAUAAAGGCUUUAAAAAUAACCAAUUUAAAAUUAAUAGUUGACAGUCGGGAAGGUGUUAGCCAGAAGGUAAGAUGUUUCAAAUGGCUAGCAGAAGGGCAACAGAAGCACCUUCAGAGCAGUUGUGAUGAAAUGGAGGACAUUAUAUUCACUUUUAUACUAGGCUGAAUUUAGGACUCUGAGAGAAACUAAAUUUUAGCCUUAAAGUAUGACUGCCUUUCUGUCUUAAUCAUGCUAUCAUUAAAAAUUUAUAUUUGCAGAGGUUACACAUUAAAUCUUUGCAGAUUAGUUCUUAAGUGGGAGACAGUGACAUUGUAACAAAUGAUCAGUGUGGAAGGGAGGAUAUCACACUAUUAUGGUAACUGAUCAUCAGUAAAUGUUGUGGCUGUACCAAGUGUGAAUAUUAGCUGAACAUAAGGCGCUGUGGGGAGCAAAAACUGUUGGCUUGACUGAUGUACAUUGCCCUCAGCUCUUAAGAAUCAAAUGUACGUCCAAAUCAUGUUUAUCUUUUUACUCAAUAAAGAUGUACAGUAUUUCUGUCUAAAUCCUGUCCAAUUCCUAAUGGACUAAAUGUGACUCCAUAACUACAUUAAAUAUGUAACUUGUUUUUAAUAAAGUCAGUUUCAAAAUUA